AUGUGGCGUCCCUCCCAGAAUGCUUUACGCGCAGAAGCGUCCCUGGAAUCUCCAUGGAAAUGAGGCCUCACGGUGGAGUGCGACACCACCUGGGAGUGGCGGUUAGAGACAGAGGGAGAUAGGGCCAGAGACUCAGCGGCUGGGAGAGGAGUUAGGAAAACGUUCAGUGAACGGGUCCGGCGUCCGGGGCAGAGGGAAAUCGAGCCCGGUGGGAAACAAGCACGGACUGAUUUUGGGCAGACGGGAUCAUCCAUAUUUAUUACAUCGCCCAGGGAUCGGGGAACAAGCCCAGAGGCCGGGGAUUCGGGGUACAGGCCCGGUGGGAUUGGGUAGGGCAGAUAUACAGUUUUUGCUGGAGUCAGCUAGUGAGCAAGAUUUAACUGAGGAAGGGAGGGCGAGACCUGUGUGACCGGCGGCAUCAUGUCGUUCAGGGACCUGAGGAAUUUCACCGAGAUGAUGAGGGCUCUGGGAUACCCUCGCCUCAUCUCCAUGGAAAACUUCCGGAUUCCAAAUUUCCCUUUGGUAGCAGAGAUUCUCAUUUGGCUCGUGAAAAGAUAUGAACCCCAGACAGAUAUCCCAACAGAUGUGGACACAGAGCAGGACCGAGUUUUCUUCAUCAAAGCUGUAGCUCAGUUCAUGGCUACUAAAGCUCACAUUAAACUCAACACCAAGAAGCUGUAUCAGGCUGAUGGUUACGCAGUGAAAGAGCUGCUGAAGAUUACUACCGUUCUCUACAAUGCCAUGAAGACAAAGGGAAUGGACAGAAGCGAGGAUACUGAAGAAGACAGUUUGAAAUUCAAAUUUGACUUGGGGUCAAAGAUUUCAGAUUUGAAAACUGCAAGACAACUGGCCUCUGAGAUUACCUCCAAAGGAGCAACAGUUUUUGAUUUACUGGGAAAAGAAGUAGAUCUGAGGGAGAUGAGAACAGCAGCAAUAGCCAGACCUCUGGAAAUCAAUGAGACCGAGAAGGCACUAAGAGCUGGAAUUAAAGAAAUUAUAGAGCAAGUGCAAAAGACCAAGGAAAUGCUGAACAAUGUUGCCUCUGAUGAAGCAAACCUGGAGGCUAAGAUUGAAAAGAAGAAGAUGGAGCUGGAGAGGAGUAAGAAGCGACUUCAGACCUUGCAGAGCGUCAGGCCAGCUUUCAUGGAUGAAUACGAGAAGAUUGAGGAGGAGCUCCAGAAACAAUAUGAGACCUAUGUGGAAAAGUUCCGUAAUUUGUGCUACCUGGAGCAGCAGCUUGAAGACAUGCACAGGAUGGAACAGGAAAGGUUUGAAGAGACUGAAAACACGUUGCGUCUGAUGCAGAAUAAACUGAAGGAGGAGGAAAAGAGGCUGAUGAAAAGUUCAGGGAAAGAUGAUGAUUCUGACAAUGAGAUACAGGAAGAUGAGGGCUCAGAUAGUGAUCUAGAAGAUAGAAGACCACUAAAACCACGGCUCACUAGGGAGCUGCCCAUUCAGGGCAGAGUUGGUGGUCGAGUGGUUGGGACAAUGCACGGAGGUGAAACGGAGGAUGAGGAGGAUUCAGAUGACAGUGAGAUUGACGUUGAAGAUGAAGAGGAUGAAUAUGAAAUUGCUGAAGAUGAUGAUGAAAGCAUCGAUAUUCAGCCAGAACAGCCCUCAAGCAGAAUCCACAAGCAGGAGCUUGACGAAAGUGACAAUGACUUCUAGUCCCAACCCUGAGCUACAGCUCCGGGCAGGUUGCACAAGGCAGUGUGCAAGAUAUUCAUUGUCUGCUGCUCGCUGAUCUUCCUCCAGCUCACCUAUCGUCCAUCUGUACUGUAUUAUAAUGAAAAUGACCCAAAAGUCAAUCUGUGCAGUCUUUAGAAGAAUCAAAACACCAAUUCCACUUCAGGGAGUUGAGUCUGUUGAAAUGAUCAACCCAUUUUAUAUUGAUACCUAUUGUAUAUUAAUUCAAUAAUUUCAUUUGGUGAUCUGAAGUAGGUCCCUUUACUAUUUUACAGGAGGUUCUAGUAAUAUCACAGGUCAAUUUCAAUAAGUUGCAAAAAAAGUGAGUAUUUCACUUAUCAGGCAGAGUAAAAAUUGUUUUAUGAAAGGGAAAUCAUGUUUGAAUAAUUUAUUGGAAUUAAGUAAUAAACAAGGUGGAUAAAUGGGAA